AUGCCGACACCACUUCCUUCCAGUUUUGCCUCAGCUGCGGCUGGCCAGACUCAAGACCCAGCCCGAAGAGGAGAUGGCGAAUGGUCUCGAUCUCGAACGAACGGAGCCACCCAAACCUUCCGCCGUCCAUCUGUUGCAACAAACUCCUCUCAUAUCCGAGACAGUAGUCAGCCGGCAUCUGCUGCUACUCCGACCUCGAGUACUUACAUGCCUUCUCAAAUGAGUUCAAAUAUCCUCGCAAAUGUGCUGCGGAACGGAGACGCCAGGUAUUCUAAGGACCAGCUUCUAGAAUUUUACAAGCUACAGCGAGAAUCCGGUAUCGUGGGCAAGAAUGUAGAGGAUUAUUUUGUGGGUGAUUGGGAUCCCAAUCUGGCAUCAAACCCGGUCAACGGCGCGUGGGGAAAGCGGGAUGACCACAAGACCUCUGCAGGACCUGAAGUGUGCUGGGAUCAUGGUGGUAACACUGAGCCACUUGGCUUGACGGAUAUGACAGAGGCUGAGAAGGAGCUCUUCGCUGCAUCUGUCAACUCUCCGCUCAAACCGCCCCCCACGAACAACGCUAAGGAAAAUACCGUGCCUACUCAAGGCGGCCGCAAAGGUUCUGUUUCAUACACCCAAGGCCAUAUAAAUAAUUUCAACACCUCUUCUCCCACCGCAACUCGCCCAGGUGGCCGACGCCGAGAAACGGGCGACUCAAACGCCAACCCUAUGUCUCCUACAGCAGCUAACUCCCGAUUCUUCCGCGACGAGGCGAACACUUCGACUCCUCCACCUGCUCUCCUACGCCGGAAGACUGAUUUUCGCGACUCGGGCGCAAAAACAGACGAAAGGACCAAGGAAGGUACAGAUACGGCCUCUCCUUUCGGUUCUUUGAAACGAAGCUCGACCAAUCCUUUGAAUACCUCCGUCGGUGCCGUGGGGGGCCCAAGCUCACCAUGGGGAGUAGCAUCGGCUAGUGCUAGCAUGUCUCCCAUGGGUGCAUUUGGCGCCUUCUCUCUUGGAUCUGGGGGCGGCUCUACCCCGACUACAGAGAAGAAACCCGGUUAUGGCAGUCUUCGUGGUGAAAGCCGUUUCAAGGGCCUUCUGUCGAAAGACAGUUCGGAGGAUAUCGCGGGAUCUGCGAAGGACAAAAACUUGAGUAACCUCGAACGCCUUGUUGAAGAUGGCCCGGACAACCGCGCUCAGUCUCCCUGGGCUGAUACUCUGAAGACGCGCAUGGGCCGGAGUGAGACCAAUCCGUUUGACGAGCCUCGCAGCGGGAGCGCUGCUCUCGGUGGGUCACAAGAUGUCGAGGCUCCCUCUCAAGCCGAUGCUGGAUUCGCUGCGUUUGGCAUGACCUCGAGCAUUCCUGGAUUCCGGGAAUUGAUGCAGAGUCAGGAGAGUUCGCGGAACGCUACCCCGAGUCUGCUCCAGGGGCAUGAGCCUACCAGUCCGACAAAUACGAACCCAUACCAAAGCCCACAUGCCGACCGUGACCAGACCGCGGAGGCUGAAGACGAGGAUACUGAUGUCGACCUGACGGGCGUUGACCGCAGCCAGAACUCCAGUGUGAACGCUAAUCGUACUUUCUCUGGGCUUGGCAACCUAAGUGGUCUUUCCUCCCUUGGUGGACCUUCGGGAUGGCCCGGCAGUGGUACCAUUGGGACUCCAACCCGUGAACGUCCUGCCUUUGCCGGUGGGUUCGGUGAUUCUAUCUUUGGUUCUAUGGGCGGGGAACUGCAAUCCCCUAGCUUGUCAACCCUUGGAGGCGCUGGGGGUCUUUUCAGCCCACAUGCUGGUAUCAGCGGCACCGCCAGUAUUGGCCGAUCGAGCAAGCUGGGCGCGCUAUUUUCCCCAGCUCUACAUGAUGACCAAGGCCGACCCGACUCGGUUGGCUUGGAGGAUCCGGCCCGCCAAUUUGACUUGCAAGACAAAGUUGCGCAAGCUGGCAAGUCUGGUUCUCACUCUGCAUCGGAAACCCCUCUUUCGGCCAUGGGUUCUAUUCCAGUUGGUUUGUCUCAUGACAUUGCACCGGGAGCUCAAACACCCGGCGGCGGCGUUCCCUCUGCGCAACAGCGGACUAUGGUUAUGCCUGAUCGUAUGCGAUGGAUCUACCGUGACCCGCAGGGUAAUAUUCAAGGUCCAUGGACUGGCCUUGAAAUGCAUGACUGGUUUAAGGCCGGGUUCUUCAGCCCUGACCUUCAAAUCAAGAAACUCGAAGAUGAUGAAUUUGAGCCUCUAGCUCAGCUAGUUCGCCGCAUUGGAAACUCACGUGAACCCUUCCUUGUUCCUCAGAUCGGAAUCCCCCACGGCCCAGAGCCUACGACUGCCCAAUGGACUGGCAAUACUGCGGGUUCUGCCCAGCCCCCAUUUCCUGGCAGCUUCCCCAGCUUCGGUACUACGUUGACAGCGGAACAGCAGAAUGCCCUUGAACGGCGCAAGCAGGAAGAGCAAUAUCUCAUGGCGCGCCAAAAGGAACACCUGGCCCAGCAGCAGGCUAUCAUGAAAUCAAUCCACCCGGGUGCUCCCUCCUCUAUGCAACCUCAGCUUCAACAUCAAUCGAGUGCCCAUAGCCUCCAUAGUCAGCCUAGCUUUGGAAGCAUCGCGUCUCCCGGUGCCUACCAGCCCUCCCCGAUCCAAGCUCCCAUGCAGCAGCAGUCGCAGCCUGGGUUCUUUGACUCUGCCACGCAAUUGCGACAGGGUGGAUUGUCUAAUGUUGGGCCUGGCAUCCUUAGUUCCGAGCUUGGCGGCAGCCAAGACCAGCUCCCGGCCUUGCUGGAUCGUUUGAAUGUGGGUGUCGGUCGCCAGGAUCCAUUCGCUUUUGGCACGGGCUCUUCAUUUGCAGCCCGCCAGCCAGAUGCCAUGGCUCAUUCCCAGCAGGUUGCGAGCAUGCUGUCAGACCGACAGGCUUUGCGGGAAGAGCAGGAGCAGUUUGACAAGGCGAAUGCCAAUGAUCCAUUUGAUCAGGAAGCGCGCGAAGAGCGAUUGCGCCAAUUUCAUGCCCUGCGAGCGCAAGAAGGAGAGUUAGGCCUGCGUACUGUUGAUGGCCUUCCCAGCCACCCGGCUUCUGGGUCCGCUCAGCAGUACGACGAGGAGACUGAGAAGAAGGAAACCGCGAACGAGCAAGAGCCGGCUGAGUUAACUUUGUCACAGCAGGUGCAAAAAGCCGCAAGUGCCCAGCGUCAGCAGCAAGAGCAAAAACAGCACAGUCAGGCCGCUCCUGAAUCUGUCUGGGGAACCAAACCCGACCACGGCAUGCCUCAGCCCUUCCCCCCUCCCCCGUCUGCGUCGCCAUUGCCUGCUCCGGCUGCCCAGCGAAACCGCCAAAACGUGGCGGAGUCUUUGGCUGCUGGCUCCCGAUCUCAGACUCAAACUCCUGGCCCUUCGCUGAAGGAAAUCCAGGAGGCUGAAGCUCGCAAUGCCGCCCAGCGCGAGGAAGUCGCCGCAGCCGCUCGCCGAGCUCAGCUUCUUGCGGAGCAGGAGCGCCUUAGCCAAGCCCAGGCUCAGGCUGUUCCUGGCUUACCCUCCUCGUCGACCUGGGCUAGCAGCGGAUCUCCCGCUACUCCCACAUCUACUGCUGGCUCGGUCUGGUCCAACAAGGCUCAACCUACCCCUGCAGCAAGCACUGCCAAGAAGACUCUCGCCCAAAUCCAGAAGGAGGAGGAAGCUCGCAAGCAGCGUCUAGCUGUUGCAGCUGCUUCUGCCGCUCAAACUGCCACUCCCAGCCCUCCCGCAUCCGUUGGCAAGCGAUACGCAGACCUUGCAAGCAAGGCCCCUGCUUCUGCAUCCACAACGCCUGUUGCUCCUGCUGCAACUGGUGCUUGGACGACGGUGGGUGCCGGUGGCAAGGCUAAGGCUCCCCCAGCUGCCCCUCUCGGCCCUCGGUCUGCCAGUGGGUCUAUUCCUUCUCCCGCUCUUUCCAAGUCUCGUCCUGCUACCGGUCCCCGCACAGUGACUCUUGGGAACACACCCACCGCUAAUCCCAAUCGUGCUGUUGAGGAAUUCACUAAGUGGGCUAAGCUGGCUCUCGGCAAGGGUCUGAACAGUAACAUCAAUGUUGACGAUUUUGUCCAGCAGCUACUUCUUCUCCCUGCCGAAGCAGAGAUCAUCUCGGACUCUGUCUACGCCAACUCUCAAACCCUCGACGGACGUCGCUUCGCGGACGAAUUCAUCCGACGCCGCAAGUUGUCUGACAAGGGCAUUGUCGAGCCUGUCUCGCCGAGCGCUUUUGGUUCUGAGCAGGGUAGCGGUGGCGGCUGGAGCGAGGUCGCGAAGAAGGGCUCCGCUGCUAGCGCUAGUGCUGCUGCUGCUACUGCUACCCAGCGUGAAGAGGAGGCCAGCAAUGCCGCUUUCAAAGUUGUCGCUCCCCGUAAGAAGGGCAAGCGGUAA